AUGAAGAACAAACAGCAGCAGCAGCAGCAGCAGCAACCACCCUCAUCAAUUCCCAAGCAUUUCCUCAAUGUCCAAAUACACCUCCAUAAAAUCAUCUCCAACUUUCUCAUCUUCGCCUUCGGUUUAGCCAUCGGCGUCUCCAUCAGUUUCUACCUCAAAGAUUUUCCCUUCCAGCUCUACGCCACCCAAACCAAAUACUCUCGUUCAUCAAACACUCCAUUGUUAUUCUCUUCUGCUCCACCACCACUACCACCACCGCCGCUGCCAACUCUCAAUAUCCAAAAAAAUCAAACCAAAACUUCUGCUGCGCCUCCCCCACCCCCAAUCGGCUUAAAAGAAUACACAAAGCCACCCAACAUUAUGCACGACAUGGACGACGCUGAAUUGCUGUGGAGAGCUUCACUGGUGCCUCGCCGGCGCGGGCUGCCGUUCAAGCGCACCCCAAAAGUGGCGUUCAUGUUCUUGACAAGAGGGCCUCUGGCAUUGGCUCCGUUCUGGGAAAUGUUCUUCAAAGGCCAUGAAGGGCUCUACUCUAUCUAUGUCCACGCCAAUCCGGAUUUCAACGACACCAUGCCUCAAAACUCUGUUUUUUAUGGCAGAAGGGUCCCAAGUAAG